CCGGCUAUGCGCCGAUGACAGCCUCGUCAAUAUAGUAACUCCCACAGGUAACUGCACAGACGGUAACACCCAUGAUGACCAUCCACGGGCGUAACACGUCUGUUGCCUGGCGACGAGCGUUGGUCAGCUAACCGUCUUCAAGCAACUCGGCCGCAUACAGAAGCCCUGAUGCUCUGAGUUGGACCGGUGCCGUUUUUCAACUUCAACUCCCUCGCUGGGAUUAUCUAGAGUAUCUUCCUCUUGCUGAAGAGUUUCACAGUUUACAGGAUUAUGGAUUUGUUGGAGGUGCUGCAUUUGGACGAACUGUCCCACGGACUGGCCAACUUGUCCAUGUUUCCGUACUUUGACAUUGCGCACUAUAUCGUGUCAAUCAUGGCUCUGAGGGAGCAGCCAGGCGCCCUCAAGGUCUCCAGAGUCAGCCCCUUGGCCUGCUGGUUCAGCUCCAUGCUCUUCUGUUUCGGUGGAGGGGUGCUGUCUGCCAUCAUGCUGGCCGAGCCCGUUGUUGCACCUUUGUCCAACAGCACCAGUGUUCUGCUCGCUUCCAUCACCUGGUACCUAGUGUUCUACUGCCCUGUGGACCUGGUGUACUGCUGUGCCGCCCUGCUGCCUCUCAGGCUGGUGCUGACGGGGAUGAAGGAAGUAACAAGGACGUGGAAGGUGCUGGGAGUCAUCCAGGCACACACCAAAUACAACGACAGUCUGCUGGUGAUGAUUGCCAUCGGGUGGGCUAAAGGUGCUGGAGGUGGUCUGAUAAGUAAUUUUGAGCAGCUCGUUAGAGGCAUUUGGAAACCAGAGACUAAUGAGCUCCUCAAAAUGUCUUACCCCACCAAGAUCACCCUGAUAGGAGCGGUGCUGUUUGCUCUGCAGCACACUCACUACCUGCCUCUGAAGAAGCACCACCUGAUGCUCAUCUACACCGUCUUCACCGUAGUCAACAAGGCAAGAAUGAUGCUGACAGGCUCCUCUGUUUCUCCAUUUGCUGCCAUCGAGUCAACCAUCUACAAGACCCUCUUCUCCGGCCACUCUUAUGCAGCUCUCACCGACGAGGUAGAGAAAACAUGUAUGGAUAAAGGCGCUAUCAACGGGACAACCUCAACCAAAAAGUCCAGUGAGAAAGGAGCAGAGAAGCACACCCCUGUUUCUCCUGUCAAAGGACAAAGUGGAUCGCUCAAAGCCAAAGACGAGUCAGAGAACACACAGACAAAAAACAGCAAGAAGAAAAACUAGUCAGCCUCUGCCCCAUAGCGCCUUUUCACCUCUAAGCAGGGUUGUGGAGUCACUUCUGAUUCAGUCGUGUCUUGUCGUCAGGACUGAAUUUUUUUUGUUUUAUUUUUAAUUUAUAAAAACAAAUGUGUUUUCGUCUAAUACAUUUCUUAGAAUGCAAUUUAAAUCUGACUGCUGAAAUAGAAUUUAAUUUGGAGCUGACUCCAACUGACCCUGCACCUUAUUGUGAGAUAAUCACCCCGUCCUUAAAGUACUGCUGUUGGAUGUGAACAUCACACCGUCCUUGGGCUGACUGCACACUUGCAGUACAAUCUGUAGCUUAAUUUCUAAUAUAUAUUUAUAAUGAGUACAAGCUGUUGAUUGUUUUAUCUCUGGGUUUGAGGAACAGUGCUGUGCACCUACCGAUCUAUGAAUGUCUGUGUGUCUUUUUCUGCUUCAUGUAAAUGCUAUAUUUCCUACUUUGAAAUGGUUAGAAGCUAGAAUUUUUUAAAAAGAGAAUAUAUUCUAUGACACUCAGAUAUUUUCUAUUUAUGCUACAUAAUUGCACCCUUGAAUGUAAUAUAUUUCCAAAUGGAGAAACUGUUUUAUUCUAUUCUGUGUCUUGUGAAUUAGACUGAAAAGCAUGAGAAUAAACAGGUUUAAAUGCA